GCAAUUUGACAAGUACGUGACGGUGUGCUGGUGGAAGAUCCCGUGUGACAGUCACGGCUACAGAUAGCUGCUAUUGACGGUUCUCAAAUCACCGUCCGAAUAGAGAAGUUUGCCCGCGGCCGCGUGCACCGGAUCAAAGCCUCGGCAUCUUCGUUAGUGUGCUUGGCAAACGCAUGGGAUUCACAUGCUACCCCGGAUUCCAUCCGCGCCGACGUGAUGACCUAGCCGCUGUCACAAGCCUGCUCGGCCUCUCAAAUAGCCAUUAUUCCCAGGGACUGACUUGACACCUGUAAUACAAACAUCUCCUCCAUUGUAGCACUCCGACUAUCACUCGCGCACGCGACAUCACAAGUAAAGCUCACGCAGCUACAAAGAACAGCCACCUAGCCCACAAUGUCUCUCAAGUCAGACGCCUUCCCCUCCUCCGUCGCAUUCGAUGCCAUCGCCUCAUCACUCAAGAACGACGAAGCCGGCCGCAAAGACGCAAUCAAAAAGGGCAAUGCCAUAUUCGCUUUCGAUCUCAAGAACGCGUCGGGUGCGACCGAGUCGUGGUACAUCGACCUGAAGGAGACCGGCGAGGUCGGCAAGGGCGCACCACCCAAGAAGGCCUCCGUCACACUCUCGUUGAGCGACGAGAACUUCGGCAAGCUGGUCACAGGAAAGGCAAACGCACAGAAGCUCUUUAUGAGCGGGAAGCUGAAGGUCAAGGGUGAUGUCAUGAAGGCGACCAAGAUGGAGCCGAUUCUGAAGAAGGCGCAGACGAGCGCUAAGUUGUAGUGGUGAGGGCAUGUAGGGAACAAUAUACCAUAUUUGAACUUCAAAGAUUUCU